GUUACUUGGGGUGGUGCAUCCAGGUCUAAACCCAAGAGAUCAACAGAAUUGGCCAAGAUUGAUGAUAUUAAUCGUAUUAAAAUUGGUAGAUCCAUUUUAAUACAAUACUGUUUCUAUUCGGGAUUCAAUGAUGUUGUAUUGGACACAUUUGCCAAAAUUAAUCUUGGGAUGGACAAGAGAACAAGAAGACCAUUAUACAGAAUGGUUAAGAUAAGCGAUGUGAAAUCAAUUCCAGAAAAGUCAUACAGAUUAAAUAAUUCCAAUUGUGAUUUAUUCUUGACUGUCAGUCAAAAUCGUCAACAAACCAAAGAUUUCCCUAUUAGCGUGUUUUCAGAUUCUCCAAUUUCCCAAGAUGAGUUCAACAGAUAUUUAGACGAAUUGAAGAAAACCAAUGAAUCAAUUGAUUAUUUGGACGACGUGAAUGAUAAAUUUGAACAAUUGCAACAAUUCUUCAACAAGGGUAUGUCUGACAAGGAUAUCAAUGAAAUGCUUGCACGUAAAAAGAAAUUGCAAGAUCAAAAGGGAAUUUCAGGUUACGAUGCCGUGGCUACCAAAGCUAAGUUAAUGGAUGAAUUGAAGAUUGCUAAGCAACAGGGCCAUACUACCAAGGUCCGUGAUUUGAUUAACAGGUUGAAAAAUAUUGAUUCAAUUUUGAAUGAACAAACCAAUUCGAAUGCUGGCUCAGACUCAUACAGUUCAAUGUCCAAGAUUAAUGAACGUAAUAGAAAACUUAACCAAACAAACAUUAGAAAGGCCGAAAUUAAAUCAAGAAACAUUGGCCAAGUCACCGAUGAUGGAGAUCCAUUCUCGAGAUUGAAGACGGUCACCAGAAUGUUUUAUCAAGAAAUCAUCAACGAGGAGAACGAAAAGGCUUUGAAGGAAGCAAAUUAUCAACAAUUGUUGGAAGAAAAGACGAAACAGGAGGAAAAGAUUGCUCUGUCUACCUAUAGAGAUUUAGGAGAGAUGGAUAAGUUGAUCAAGGGUCUUGACCUUGAGCUUGAAGUAGCUUGGUGAUGCCAUUCUGCAGAAACAGUUAAAGGCUUGUAUAGUAUGUAUAGGAAUGUAAGUAUUUCGCUUUAAGCAUUGCUUACU